AUGAUAUUAGAUUCAGAUGGCUCGAGAUUUGGAGACAAAUACCCCAUAUCACCAGGUGGUAGAGAUCGCACAGAGGUUGGAGGGUAUGCAGGGCUGGGAGAGAGAGGACAGGGAGGCCAAGAGGCCUCGAGAUUCUGGAGAUAUAGUGGUACCCCCGCCCCAGUUGUAACCCGUCAUGGUAGAGGCUAUGUGAGCCGUCCAGUUCUUUCAGUACUUCCAGUUUCUAGUGGUACUACGGCUACUUCCAGGGUUUCUUGGCGUAUUAUAUCUUCCAUUGAGCAGAAAGAAGAGUCAAAUGGAAACGAGAACAAUGUGAAGUUGAUUAACGGAUAUAGGCGGAAGGUAAUAGAGGAGUUGUCCAAAACUUGCCUUGAUAUUCUAGAAAUCACGGACAAACAUCGCAUUCCAUAA